AUUCAUGUUUUACUUCACAAGUUUAACAGAAAGUAAUAAAAUAAAUUAUAAUCAAAACAUAUGAACGAGAUACCUUCGAAAGCACAUAUGUCAAAAUCAUCGUGUGGGUGAGUGAGUCAUUUCUGAUACAAGGAAUCGGCGAAUUUAAACUUCUGUCAAAUCAUAUUCUAAAAGAGUUUUCGAAAACAGUGACUAUAAUGGCUGAUCCAAGAAUAAGAACCAUCAAAAUUAAGGCAGGUGUUGCCAAAAGAUUGGCCAAAGAAAAGACAGUAUAUGAAAAAGAAGCUGAACAGCAAAGAGCGAGAAUAGAGAAGUACAAGCAAGAUGGUAAAGAUGAAUAUGAAAUACGUAAGCAAGAAGAAGUCUUACAAGAAUCACUGAUGAUGGUGCCUGAUUGUCAACGAAGACUUAAAGUAGCAUAUGAUGAAUUGGUCAAAAUUUUGGAGACAGAGGCAGACUUGGCAGAAAAUGAAGAAUAUAUUAAUGCAAAGAAAAUAUUGGAAGAUGCAAAACUUCAAUUACCAUCAUCCACUGAAGUCAUAACUACUUAAAUUGGAUCCAAACUUUUUUAUUCUUUAUAUUUAAUAUUUUUUAAUCUGGUAGAUUUUAAAAAUCAGCGGACUAAACUGUGAUAAUAAUCAGUUGUGAACAGAUUUUAUCACUGAUUUUUUUGAUAUUCUUCAAUUUUUUGUUACAUCUUAAUAAAUUUUUAUAUAUGCUUGA